AUGACGAGCCUGAUGUUGAUUACCGAAAAGGGGGUGUCCAGCUCUACCUCACCAAAUAGGCUCACUGCCCUAGACGAUCAGACACUAAGGCUUUCAUUCCCUCGUCUGGUGGCUUCCUAUGUUUGUCUUUGCUUUUGCUAUUUCAUAUCAUAUCUGGAUAUGAAUGCCACAACGACAGCGCUCGCUACAGUUUCAAAUGCCUUGUCGGCAGGGACAACGAUCACUUGGGCUGGCACUGCUUUUCUCCUCGGGCAGGCGAUAUUUCAGCCUUUAUAUGGUCGCAUCUCCGAUAUAUCUGGGCGGAAGCCGGUUCUCCUUGUCUCUGUUGCCUGUAUUAUGCUUGGCAACUUCCUGUCGGGUUGGGCGAAAACCCCAGCGUGGCUUUAUGUGUCGCGCGCAAUAAGCGGGAUUGGGGCAGGGGGCAUAAGCUCACUGGUCUCGAUCAUCAUCAGCGAUUUAGUGAGUCUGAAAGAGCGAGGAAAAUACCAGGGAUUUGUGAGUAUCUCCAUUGGAGGAGGAGCGGUAACUGGCCCUUUUCUUGCAGCCAGCCUAAUACAGAAAGGACCUCAUGGUUGGAGAUGGACCUUUUGGGUCCCAUCUAUUCUUGCUUUGAUAUCUGUGUUUUUUCUCCUUUUGCUGUUGCCAUUGGAAAAAGUCGGAGAAAGCUGGCGACGAAAAGUGAAACAAAUCGAUUGGUUUGGAGUUUUGCUGUCUACUAUGGGGAUUACUUUUCUCUUGAUCCCAAUAAGCUCUGGUGGAAGUUCUUGGCCUUGGAACAGCGGCUUUAUAAUUACCUUGUUGGUCAUUGGAGCUAUCUCCAUCGUGACCUUUCUUAUAGUACAGGCGCGAUUCGCCGUACUCCCCAUAAUGCCCUUGAACUUGUUCAGGCAAAGAUCUCUGACAGUCAUGCUAAUAACUGGUGUCCUGCACGACUAUGUGUGGCAAUCCACGCAAUACUUUAUGCCUCUCUUCUUUCAACAACUUUUGGGCUUUUCACCCCUUAAGAGUGCCAUUUUAACUUUACCAUAUGUUCUGGGACAAAGCAUUGCGGGGGCAAUAUCCGGAAUUUUGAUGAGUCGAUUCGCUAGGUUUGUCAAAGGCAUUAAUUUCUCCUGA